AUUUACUUGGUUGACGCUUUUUGUAAUUUAUGUGUAAAAAAUAGAUUUUCGCACCAUAAAAUGUUUAAAAUAAUAAAAAGAAUGAAUAAGUUAUAGUGUUAAUACCUCAAUAUUUCAUGAGAUAGUGUUUGUUUGCAGUGUUGAUCUUGGAUUUUUCGAGAACAAUACAUAAUACCAUGGAGGACGCUACGGUGCCUUUGCAUCUCGAGCCGUUUCAGCAUGGUGAAGUGUCCGACAAGAGAAUUUGGAUCGGAAAUCUUGACACCAGAGUUAAUGAGUAUCAACUACUGAAACUGGUUCGUGCAUAUGGGAACAUUGAGAAGUUUGACAUGCUGUUUCAUCGGAGUGGUCCCAAUGCAGGACAGCCACGGGGGUUUGCGUUUGUUACGUUCAAGCUGAGGCAGGAUGCCAUUAAAGCCAUGAACUCGCUCAACGGUCAGAUGCUUGGAACAAAGAGGAUAAGCGUCAAGUUUGCUAAGAACACUGACGAACAAGAGAAACCAAAACCAGAACUUGGCAUAGCAGUUCUAGCAGGUGCUAAACCAGAGCUCAAGUUAAGCAAAAAGACCGCUAUCCAGUCCAUAGAGGCCAAACUAAAGAUGAUGGAGAAUAUGAAGGCAGGUGAUGACUUCGUAGUUAAUAAGUUAGCUGCAAACGAGGCACCAGUCAUUGCACAAUAUCAGACUAAACAGUAUCAACCACAGAAAUCUGUUUCCUCCUUUAGAAGAAGACAUCCAUAUCACAAAAAAAGAUAGAUAGUAUUUUUUUCUAAAUGCCUUAAUUUUAUGGAGGGUGUUGCUACCAUGACAGUUGGGUUGUAAUCUCAAUUUCAAGAAUUUAACCCAUAAAUCCCCAAGCGGUCACCGGUGACCGCUUUCCACUAAUAUUACAUUACAUUAUAGACCUUAUUUCUAAUGUUUACAGAAUACUUUUGUAUGACCAAAUUUAGGGGAUGGAUAUCAACGGGUUAAUUUCUUUCUAGAAUGAUCUCCAUUGUUAUAGUAUAAUAUGUUUUUAGAUUGUUCACACAAAAUAAAUAUAUUCUACAUAUAUUGUACUUAAUUAGUUUUUGCAGGAAAUGUUAGUUAGAAUAAUAAGUGAGUAAUGUCAUUGAACAAAUAUUGUCGUUUAUAUUAAUUUGUCAUUUACAAUAAUUUUAACCCAUGGUUUGCCAGAACAUAGGGAUGACGCAAUGUAUUUUCUAUUGUGGUUCAUUAGUACAUUAUAGCUGCAUUCCAAAGGGUUAAAUGCUGAAUUAACGGUUGUAAUUUUGUUGAAUGUUAUAAAUAUUAACUUUAUCAUGUUCAUUUAUGAGUGUAAAAUAUCCUUUUUUAACAUAUUUGUUGGUAGGUGUCAUGGUAGCAUCAAAUGAUAUUUGUAAAGUGCUAUUUUACGCAAAUAAUGUUAGUUUUUUAUUGUAGUAACAUGUGAUUUAUGUAUAAGUGCUAAGUGAAUGAUUGACACCGAUUUUUAAGAUGUCAAUAUUAAUUUAUAUUUUUGUCAGUCUGUUUAUUAACGUUAGAUCUUAGCUUUAUUAAUAUUGGUAUAUUAUUACAAAGGUAGGCAAUGUUAUUUAUUGUUCAUGAAAUUAUAAUUUUACUAAUAUUUUUAUCUUUAGGGCCUGUUUCGUUAUGUUUGAUGGUUUCUCUUAGACUAACAAAUAGUUUGACAAUGUUUCUGUCAUACGAAAUAUCUAACAGCCACCUUAGUUAGAUAUUGUAAACAGGCCCUUAGUAUUAAUCUCUUAAAACGAACGAAUUUUAGUAAUACUUUAAUCCAUUUUGGGACAGCAAGCGAGAGAGGACUACUGAAUGUUCGCUACUCAACUAAAAUACUAGCGUAGUGUGAACAAGGCAUAAGUAGUAGACCUUUAGGACUGAACUGCACCUCCUUUGAUUCUAAAAUCGUGGAGACAUGUGCAUUCAGAUUAUAAUUAUUAUAAAAGCAAUUAUUAUGUGCACUUAAAACUAAAUGUAUGUACUAUUGUUGCCAGUCUAUGUAAUAAUACUUAUCGAAAUGUAAUUUGUGAUUUGAAGUUAGCUUUUGAAAAUGUUGUAUAAUACAUUAGUAUAAGCGUUGUACCAUCAGUGUGUUCAUUUGUGUGUUAAAAUCUAUUAAAGUAAUCAACGAAUCGCUUAAGUACACUCAUACUUAUAUUUACAAUUGUCUUUUGUGUGCAGUUGUGAAUAAAUUUAGUUCUCAACACA